CACAGAUGUCGCAUGGUUUAUCACAAAUAUAUUUUGGGGAACUCCAUUUCCCCUAUCAGUCAUAGUUUUUGCAUUUCAUCUCCAUUAUGUUCUUAGUUAUCGGAGUUUGUGUACUGUGCUUCUACGAGAUGCCAUGGGAUUUCUACUCCUGUUCGAUUUGACGAACGAGCAGAGCUUGUACAACUGUCGCGAUUGGAUGCAACUCUUAUGUCAACAUGCUUACUGUGAGCGUCCAGAUGUCAUUUUGGUCGGGAACAAAACCGAUCUAACUUCGGAACGACAGGUUCCCCUGUCAACUGCCACAGCGGUUGCUCGUGAGCUCAAUAUACCUUACAUUGAGACGAGUGCGGCUACGGGAUUCCAGGUCACUGCAGCGGUUGACAAACUACUGGAUGCCGUGAUGCACCGAAUCGAAGCAUCCGUGACGAAACCGCGAGUGAUGCCAGGUGAAUUGGAUAAAGUUGACCUCGGUGAAAAACCGAAACAAUCCAAAUGUGCUUGCUAG